UGGGUUUUUUAGUUACUCUCCACUAUUUCUUGACUCAAAGACGUUUUAUGUACAUUUUCCUGGAUGCUAAUGUCAGGGGGACUGCACGCUGAAACCUAAUUAAAUCUAUUGAAAAAGCACUAAUGGAAAUGGAGAAGUUUGCAAUGCUGGAAAGAAGAAAUGCUAAUUCCAGAUUAGAGGGUGCUUGAGACAGAUUGAAGAGUUAAGGUCUGGGAACCACUCUGGUCGAGAAAGUACUCGAGCAAAGAAGCAUAUGAGUGCAAAGCGAGAGGAUGGUCAUUUUCUCAGUAAUGAUCUCAAGAUGCAGAAACCAACAUCUGAAAUCUCUGAAGAGAGCAAUGGUGUGAUGACAAAAGACAUUAUGCUUGAUCAGGUAUCUGAUUGUUCAUCAAAUGGGUUAAGCAAGAGACACAAUUGGGAGAUUGAUGAUCAAAUGCUUGAGUUGUGGGAAACUGCCAAUUGCAAUGGCAGCAUAGACCUGAAAGUUGGAAAGGCUCGGAAGGGAGUUACCAUGCCAACCGAUCACCGUAACAUUGAACUGGUUAAGCAACGUAAGGGAAAAAAUCUCCCCACUGAAUCUCGGGUAAAGGAGCUGGGUGUGGACAAAUUAGAGAUCCCAAAGAGAUAUGCAGAGCCAGACCAGGAAGGAAGCAGGAGGAAGAUUCUAGAAAGGCUAGAUUCUGAUGCACAAAAGUUGACAAACCUUCAAAUCACCGUGCAGGACUUGAAGAGGACGGUGGCUAUUACUGAGAAGGCCAAAAAGGGGAAGGGACUUGAACUUGAUACUGUUAAAGGGCAGCUGGAAGAAGCUGAGGAAGACAUCAUGAAGCUGUUUGACAUAAAUCGCAAAUUGGUGUCUCAUGUUGAAGAUGGUUCCUUGUCCCUUGAUGGGAAAUCCACAAUAGAGUCAGAUGGGAACAGAAGUCUCAGGAGGCGGACAAUAUCAGAACAGGCACGGAGAGUGUCUGAAAAGAUUGGGCGAUUGCAGUUGGAGGUGCAGAAGUUACAGUUUCUCUUAUUGAAACUCGAUGAUGAAAAAGAAAGCAGGGGAAGAACCAGAAUUACAGAUCGAAAAACAAGAGUUCUCUUGAGAGACUAUCUCUAUGGUGGGAGAAGAACCAUCCAGAAGAAAAAGAAAACACCUUUUUGUUCAUGCGUGCAACCCCCAACAAGAGGAGACUGAGGCAAUUACAUUUGGCAUGCAUCAUCAGUCAACAUUGUUUUCAAAUGUAAGGAGACAUUAGUUGUAUUGUCCAUAAAUUUUCUUAGACAGAAUUUGGCCGUUGGUUUAGAGGCUCUCUUGUACAUUUCAGGCUCUAUCUAUCAAAAGAAGCUGCUCUAUUGUGGCCGCCUUUGCUUAAAUCUGGGUUUUAUUCUAUUUACUUUUUUUCAUUUCUACAUCACUAUACAAUCUGAUGAAUUGCCUCUGAAGCUACUAAGUUUUCACAUUUUUAAUGGAGCUCUUCUACAGCAAAAGGAAGAAAUCACCAUGAAAAAUAAGCUGUUAACACUUUU